GGGUUGACAGGAUACAAUAUUUCUGUAAAAAAUUAUUUAUUAUGGAUGGCCAGUUAUUAGAUGUUCGAAUAUCUGUGCGAUCAUGUACAAUUGACCAAUCAAAUCAUCCGCUUAUCACUAAAUUUGUAUCACGUGAUUAUAAAGAUGGUGUCAUCGUGAAAGACAUAGCUGGUAUAGUGAUAAAAGUUGGUGAAGAGGUGACAAGAUUCAAGGAAGGAGAUGAAGUCAUUGCAGUGUUGCCAGUCAACCAGUAUUUUGAUAUCAAAUCAGGCAUUUGUGAUUUACCAGAGUAUUUUAUAGUUCAUAAACCAUCAACAUUAUCAUGGGAGGUAGCCUCAUGUUGUUUAAGUGAUGGAAUCAAAGCGUUUGACGCACUUCAUUACCUCGGUAGAGUAAGAUCUGGAGAUUCUCUUCUCUUGUGCAACGCAGCUUCUUCGUUUGGUGUACUUGCCACACAGUUGGCUUCCAACUGGGGUGUUAAAGUCUUCUUAACAACAUCGGAUGAAGAAACGGGCCAAAUGCUCCGAACUAUGUCAUUGGAUGUUGAGAGGACACUUAUCGGGCAUCAGUUUGUGAUGAACAGCGUCAUGGAUGAAACUGGAGGCCUUGGUGUUUCCUGUAUAGUUGAUAAUGGAGUGUUGCCCAACCAUCAAAAUAUGGAGGAAAAUGAAUGGAAGAAACCAACCAAGCACGAUGUCUUAUCGUGUCUGGCAGUAUCUGGUAGAUGGGUAACGAUGCAACAUGAUUUACAGUUGGAUCCCCCUGAUUCAGAAAUUCUUCAUUUAAAAAAUGCGAGCGUUUGCCAUUUGUUUCCCGAUGCGUUAGUUCUAUCAUGUUUACAUCAAGAUAAACUAUUACAUAUUAUGGCUGCCGUGAUGGAAAAGGCAGCAGCAGGAAUACUAAGACCCCAUUUGAUGAGCGUUCUUCCAUCUAGUGAAGUCAGCCCUACACUUUUUCCAACCAUGAAUAGAAUUGUUCUCAAGCUUUAACUAGGAGGAGCUAAGCAUUUGUGCAAUAUUUAAUGGAAAAAUCAACAUUCUUUCAUUAUUUUCAUAUGUAUUUAGGUAUACCAGUGCCAUUUUCCACAAUUUCCCAUAUCUCAUAUUUUUAACUUAACUGUAAAGACAUCCACAUUUUUUGUUCAACUGUCUGUGCCUGUUUGUAAAAAAUCACAUUCAAACGCAAUAACAAAGAAUAUUUUA